GUGCGACUCACCAGAGAGGACUUGAUGCUUCCAUUCAACCAGAAGCCAACCAAGAAACACUCUCAAGGCCACCAGGAAUAAAGAGGAAUCUCACUGAAGACUUUCACACAAUGCUGAGUGAAUGCGUUACACACUUCUGGGAACUGGUUACAAAAGUUUGAAAAGUCAGAGAAGACCACGAAAAGAAGGGGGAGAAGCAACCGUCACUUCUAACAGACAAGUCCAGGGAGCCGUUAAUGCAACAUGAUCCAGUAGGUCUUGCCCUAAAAAUACCUUCAGGCAGGAGAGCGGCAGCUAUCUCUAUCUGCUUAAUUACCUGGUGAUCAACAAUUUCGUUUUCUUCUUCAAACAACAGCUGCGGUUAGAGAACAGCAAUUCAAGGAGCACUUAAUCUUAUUGACGUGUUUCUAAAGUAAAAGUAAAAUGAAUUUAUCUCUCCAAUGUUCAAAAACAUGAACGCCAUGUUAGCUGUAAUGUAUGUGUGUAUGUGUGUAACCUGUAGCCUCUAAUGCCCUUUUAAGGCAUGACUACGGCUUGCUAAGACAAGGCCCAGGUAGUGAUAUAAUCAUAAAGUCCAGGUAGACAGUUUUAGCCAUGAGAAAAGCUGAGGUGCAAAUGACCCUGAAAAAAGGGGCAGAUGAAGCAGGGGCACCACCAAGUCCCAUCAUCCCCCCAAAACGGUCCAAAGCGAGCCCAGACCAAGUUGUCCCGGAACCUCAAGGACCUGGUUACCACACCCCAACCCCACCGGUUUUUACACGGAAAAUGAGGAACGCUGCCGUGGGGACAGGCUGUGACAUCCGUCUGAAGGUGACUGUGGCUGGAGAUCCACAGCCUUCCCUGUAUUGGUACCAUAACGAUGAACUCCUCAACAUGGAGAACCAAGAGUACGGAGGGCUAUGGAUUAGGGAUUGCAAACCGAGUGAUGCUGGUCUCUACACCUGCAUUGCCAACAAUCACCUGGGAGAGGCUCGGAGCAGCGCUGUGCUUGCUGUACUGGAUCUGGGUGAAGAUUCUGAAACAACAGAAGAUGAAGGUGGAGACCAAUAUGAGACCAAAGAAGAUAGCGGGGAUGUUGAGGACCAGGCUGUGCCUGCAGACACAGUGAUGGAAAAAUGUGCCGAGGAUGUCAGUAAAACACAUGGACAUGAAGAUCACUCUAACAGGAGCCAGCCUGAGGAUUUUUCAAGAGAAUCUCCCACACAAGUUCUCCCACCCCCAUCUCCAAGACUGGUCAAACGCACCUCCACCUCUCCAAUGCCAAGUCGCUCUGGUUCAACUACUCCUCUUAGCUUGCGGAAGAAAAUCGUUGUGCCAACUGAAUACCAAGACACCGUGCCCGGGGAGUUUGAAGAAAAGGUUAAGCAGCCAAAAUCUGUGUCCCAAAGUAACACCCAAGAUUCCCGACCACAGACUCCACUGAGUGAAUAUUCCAAGAAAGAAUUUACUCUUAGACCCUCUCCAAAGCUUACAAGGGCUAGUUCAAAGGUUUUUGAGAAGGUCCGUGACUUAGAGGAGCGGAGACGGAGUCUUGAUAUUCCAGAAGGUUCCAUUUCGGGAAGAUCCUGGGCAGGGUUCAAUCGGGCUGGAUCUGUGGAUUCAGAUGAUGGAGGAAGCCGUUUGGGUAUCUCUAGAGAAAGUUCAAGGGAAGAUCUUAGGGAAGCUCUAAAAGAAGAUGCUGCUGAACGAAGGUCUAUGUUUAAACAGAGAGCAGCUUCGCUGGAAGAGAAACCUCGCUACUCUCAAAAAGUUCAGGACAUUGAAAACAAGUUCACUGAGGAGCUCCAACGCAUUAAAAAGCUUGUUGGUAAACCUCAUCUGAAGAAAUCGUUUUCAACCGAACAGCUAACCCUGAAGGUCAAGCAGCGCCAGCCUUUUAGGAAAAUUGAACCUAUUCCUCCUCAGGUCCUGCAAAAACUCCAAGAAAGGGAACGAGUCCAGUGGGCAAAAGAACAGAGAGAAAGGGAACUAAGUAAGCAACCGAUGCAGCAACAGCAGCAAACACAACAUGAGCAGAAAUCUCAACCUCAAAAGACAGCAGACACUGGUUUAACAGCUGUACCAGUUAGUAGAGCUGGAGAAGUUGCAGGCACCCCAGAGUCAAUGCAGUUAUCUGACUUACCAGGACAACGAUCGGUGAGAGAAUUCAAUAGAGUCAGUCCUGUUACAGAAAUUAUUCAACGAUCAUCAUCACCAGCAAUAUAUAAUCAACACAGGGAAGAUUCACCAAGCAGAAAUGUUACAGAGAUGACAUUGCGCAAAGUUGAACGAAGGCCACCGAGUCCUCUUGUACAAAGGGUAUCUCGAAUGCAAGAAUCCUCACACAUCCAAGAGUCUCCUGUACAAACAUCGCAAAAGGAUGAGACUUCGGGGAGAAAGACACCAAUAGAAGUUGCAGUAAGAAAAAUUGAAAACAGACCUGAGAGUCCUCUGGUACAAAAAAGGCCCAUCAUUGUGCAAGAUCUUGCCCCUUCAAAACCCCCAAGAAUAUCACCAAGCUCUCCAACAGAGGAGAAAAUGAAAGUGGAACUUUCUAAACCAAUCUCUAAGAUUAAGGUACCUACAAUUAUUGUUGAAGAUGAAAAAAUGGAAGAGGAUGUUCCUGUAAGCACAAGUGAGCCUAAACAGAAGCGUGCUGGUGCCAAAGAGGGACAACAGCAAAAGUCCAGAGGAAAGAACCGUCGUACACGACCCCUGUCUCCAGAGUUAGAUUCUUCAGAUGAUUCUUAUGUGUCUGCCGGAGAAGACCCCAUGGAGGCUCCUAUGUUUGAGUUUCCCCUCCAGGAUACUGUAGCAUCUGCUGGUGCAGAUGUACUGCUAAGAACUAUAAUUGCUGGAACCCCUAGCCCUGAAGUCACCUGGACUAAAGACAACACUGAGGUCACUGGGAUUGCAAAUUAUGCAGUCAAAGUGGAGGGUGAACGACAUAGUCUUCUCAUCAGAUCAGCUAAAAUAAGUGAUGGGGGAAGAUACUGUGUAACUGCUGUUAAUCAGAUGGGAAGAGCUUCAAGCAGUGCCACUCUUAUAGUUAAAGCAGAUUCUGUGCAGGAACCAAAGGGAAACUUGGGUGUUCCUAUGGAUAUCAGCAGCCCUAUUACAUCUGAUGAAGAGUAUCUCAGCCCCAUGGAAGAAGUCAUGGACUUUGGGGGGCCAGAGCCAAGGCGAACUAUUGACACACAUUUUAGGAAACCCCCUGCAUUCUUGGUAACAAUGAGUGAUCAAGCUGUCAUUGAGGGACAGGAAGUCACCAUGUCUGUCCGAAUAAGUGGACAACCCAAACCUAUGCUGUAUUGGCUGAGGGACAGAGUGACGGUAAAAACAGGCCCACGUCACAUUGUACGUGAGAUGAAGGAUGACGCCUUUGAAAUGACAAUCAAGUCGGCAGUGAAGUCGGACUCUGGGAUUUACACUUGUAGGAUUAUUAAUGAGUAUGGGACGAAGCAGUGUGAAGCAAAGCUGGAGGUGAAAGCACCACCAGUGGAGCCAGGUCUCGCAGUUAUCCGGGCAGUCAGGGAUAUCACAGCCAAGGCUGGAGAGACUGUUUUGUUUGAGUGUCACGUCAUUGGACCAAAGGACACGGAUGUGGACUGGCUUGCAGAUGGGAAACUGAUCCAGCCAGCAUUGCUCAAUUGUAAAAUGCACUUUGAUGGAAGAAAGUGCCGCCUGCUGCUUAACUCUGUACAUGAAGAUGACAGCGGAACAUACAUGUGCAAACUCAGCACAGCUAAAGAGGAAGUGACCUCAUGUGGCAAACUCAAAGUCAUCCCCUCCCUCGAACCUCUCUUUACUCGCAAUUUGGAUGUUUUGGAAGUAAUUGAGGGGCGCAACGCUCGAUUUGACUGCAAAGUCAGUGGGACGCCACCUCCUAAAGUCACCUGGAGCCACUUUGAUCAUUUACUUACAGAAAGUGAGGACAUUCGUAUUCUUCAGGAGGGUGGCCGCCAUUCUCUCGUCAUUUCUCAUGUGACCAGCGAUGAUGAGGGUUUUUACACUGUCAGAGCCCAUAACAGUCACGGUGAGGCAGAGAGCUCUGCUGAACUUUACAUACAGGAGCCACGUCCAGCCAUCUCCUCACAGAUGGCUAAAUUGGAGAAAAUGCCCUCCAUACCUGAAGAGCCAGAGGUCCCAGAGAAUGAGGUGGAGCGUUUCACCAUGCCUGACUUCAUCAAACCCCUUUAUGACCUGGAUGUGAUUGAGGGAAAAGAGGCUGUGCUCAAAUGCAAAGUGGCUGGUUUGCCGUAUCCAACUAUCGCCUGGUUCCACAAUGGAAAGAGGAUUGAAAGCACAGAGGACAGAAAGAUGACACAGUUUCGUGAUGUUCACAGCCUGGUCAUCCGCUCUGUGUGCCAUGCCCACGGUGGUGUCUACAAGAGUGUCAUCUCUAACAAAGUUGGGAAGGCCACCUGCUAUGCUCAUCUCUAUGUUACAGACAUCCUCCCUGACCCACCUGAUGGGACUCCAGUCAUAGAAUCCAUUACUGGCAAAACCAUCACCUUGAGCUGGAAGAAACCAAGGAGGCUGGACCCUUCCAUUGAUCCCAGCUCUUUGAUGUACGCCAUCCAACAGCAAGCCUUAGGUUCCAUCCAGUGGAUCAUCAUAGCUUCAGGCCUGAAGGAGACAACUUACACCAUCACAACACUCUCCAAAGGUGUGCGCUAUGCUUUCAGGGUACUCACCAUCACCUCCAAGGCUUUCAGCAAGCCCUCACCAGCUACUGACCCAGUGCAGCUCCUGGACAGAGGUCCUUAUGUGCAGGAGGCUCCAGUGAUUAUCGAUAAGCCAGAAACUGUAUAUGUGAUGGAAAACCAGUCGGUCACUAUCUCAAUGACUCUCAAUCAUGUUAAUGCUUCAGUCAUCUGGAAAAGGAGAGGAGUGGUCCUGGCCAACAAGCCAGGCCUAUAUGAGAUGACAAUGCCAGAUGACGACCAGCACACGCUGAAGCUGCUGAAAGUGAAGAGCGCUGACAUUGGAGAGAUGGAGUUUGUGGCCUCCAAUAAGUAUGGCAGUGACAGCUGCAAAUUCAUUGUGGAGAUGGCAGCUCCACCAACAUUUGAGACCAUUAUGGAAGAUUUGGAUGUUUGUGCUGGGGAUACCCCUCGCUUUGCUGUGGUUGUGGAGGGCAAACCCAUCCCUGACAUCUUGUGGUUCAAGAAUGAUAUCCUGCUGUCAGAGAGCAGUCAUUACACGUUUGUGUACGAUGAUAAUGAAUGCUCCCUGGUGGUUCUAAAUGCUCGUCCGGAAGACUCUGGGGUUUACACCUGCACAGCAAGGAACUUAGCCGGAUCUGUAUCCUGUAAAGCUGAACUCACCGUUCAUGAAGCUAAAAGUAAAGAAGAUCCCAUCGACGAUGAGGAAACUAUUCUAAGGAAAAUGCGCCGACUGACUGAUUACUAUGACAUCCACAAGGAAAUUGGAAGAGGUGCUUUUUCCUAUGUGAAACGUGCGACCCAGAAGGCAGACAAGAUGGAGCACGCUGCAAAGUUUAUUUCCACGCGGGCCAAGAAGAAGACAUCCGCUCUGAGAGAGAUGAAGCUGCUUUCCAAGCUGGACCACGAGAGAGUGCUUUACUUUCAUGAUGCCUUUGAGAAGAAGAAUGCUGUUGUCAUCAUCACUGAAAUAUGCCACGAGGAGCUGCUUGACAGAUUUACAAGAAAAUCGACAGUAAUGGAGUCUGAUGUUCGUUCAUGUAUUAGACAACUUCUUGAAGGAUUGGACUACCUUCAUCAUUCGAACAUCAUACACCUGGACAUCAAGCCUGAAAACGUCCUCAUGGCGGACCCCCAUGGUGAUCAAAUCCGACUUUGUGAUUUUGGCAACGCGGUGGAGAUCACACCUGAUGAUGCUCAAUACUGCAAAUAUGGCACACCAGAAUUUGUUGCACCAGAAAUUGUCAAUCAGAGCCCCGUGUCAAAAGCAACAGAUAUAUGGCCUGUUGGAGUAAUAGCAUAUCUGUGUCUCACCGGUGUAUCUCCAUUUGCUGGCGAGAAUGAUCGCAGCUCUGUACUGAACAUCAGAAACUAUAACGUGGCUUUUGAGGAGGGCAUGUUUGCCGAUCUUUGCCGAGAAGCUAAAGGGUUCAUCAUAAAGCUGCUGGUGGCUGACAGACUACGACCAGACACCCAGGAAUGUCUCAGACACCCCUGGUUCAAGACCCUUAGUAAGGGGAAGGCCAUAAGUACAGAGGCCUUAAAGAAAUUUGUAUCUCGCAGGAGGUGGCAGCGUUCUCUGAUCAGCUAUAAAUCAAAAAUGGUCAUGAGGUCCAUACCCGAAUUGCUAAAUGAUUCCUCCAGCCAUGUUUCCAUCGCAAUUCCCAGGCACCUUAAAGAGGGUUCGCCACCACCAUCAUCUUCCUCUGAUUCUGAUGAGGACAUAGAUGAACUACCUUUUAUUCCAAUGCCACUUAACAUGGACUUCUCUGGAUCAAGGAUGUCACUGAAUGACAUUCAGACCGAUGAGCAGGAGGCAGGGAAGCAGAACGGAGCAAGUACCUGGUCUGGGUCUUCUGUUCAAGGCCAGGAGGCAAUGGAGUGUGAUCCUAAAGAAAUGGAUAAAGAAGGACUUGAAGUGGGAGGCAAAGGCCGCCUGAGGAAAAGAUCAUCACAACCCAAUGAAAAGGGUUCUUCAGAUGAGGAAGAAUCACCUGCUGAAUUGCCCCAAAAAUCAGAGCUGUCUAGAAAACCACUGAGACGGGGUUCAAGCAUGGAGUCAGACAAACCAGAAGGUGGACGACGAAGAGGAGAGCUAAGGCGUGGUGGCUCAGCUGAUAGUGCAUUGAUGCUUCGGAUUACACCAGAAGAAGCACCUGGAGAAGGAAGUCAAGAUGAUGGCAGAAGAGUUCUGAAGAAAGCUGUCUCGAUGGAACUACCAAAAAGGAGCACCAGCCCAGGAACUGCCAAGAUGAGCCAAGAAGACUAUGCUCUCAAACUGGAGCUGAUGAGGCAACGACUGCUUCGUGGUGGCUCUGUGGACAACAAGAUGAGUGGACUGAGAGGACCUCUGUUGGAAACAUUAGGAAUGGGAGAUGAAAAACGUGCAGUGUCCUCAGAUCGGUAUUCUCGUACAGUCCGUUUGGGCCCACCUCCACUAACAAGAGCUGCAUCCAGUGAUUUCCCAAGGGAUGAAGUUCCUAAACCAAAAGUUUUGCGCAAAAGCACUUCUUUCAGUCAGGGGGAUUCAGAACCCAUACCUUUGCACCGCCGUUCAGGAGCGCCUCUGGAGAUUCCCUUGGCACAGAUAGAAGAGAGAAGGCUCAAAGAAGCUAUAUCUAUGUCAUCUCUAACAGAGCAAACCAAGCUAGACUCCCGCCCAGUGACUCCCAGGGAGCCUUCACCAAAACCGCCAACACCAGAGUCUGUUUUGCAGGAAAGUCCAACCAAAACUGAGAGUGAGGAAUCGUUUAUGGAAAAAGAGAUAAAGCCAGAUGAGACUAUAAGUGAAAAGAUGGAAGGGCUGACCACAGAUAGCAAUUUUGAUGAGAGAUCAAGCACCAGUGGAUUCUCAGAGAAGGACAUGAGUAUUUCAGAAGAACCAAUGAUGGAAUCAGAGUCUGUAGGUCAGAGAAUUCCUACACCUCCUUCUAUGGUCCAAAGUCCUGCAUUAGAAGAGAAAAUGGAAGAGGAAGAAGAGGGAGAAAAGAAGCAUGAAGAAAAGGAAGAGUUAAUGAAAGAAGAAGAGGAAAGAGUUGAUACUGUCACUGAAUCAAACACUAAGGAAAACGUAAAAGAUGUUAUAGAACAUAUAGAAGAGAAAGUAACUAUCCCUGAGAAAUCCCCUGAGGUGACAAUAACCACAAGCUCAUUUAUGCUGAGACCAACACAAGAAUAUUCCACUUCCCCAGGAAAAGUUGUUUCAACGUAUGCGACACCCUCGCUUCCUGCUCGAGUUGUUCUGCCAGAUGGAAGGACUUCAGCAUAUGCCAGUAUAAUGCAGACUAUGAUGGUCCCCACACUUCAGCCACUCAGUGAGCCACCGCUAGGCCCUUCUACACCUGUUGUUACUCCAACGAUUUCAUCAUCCCCAGUAUCAACGGGUAUAUCUUUCCCUGCCAGCUCUGAAAUACCUGGUCCACCAAAGCCAGCCACCGUUUCAACCACUGAGCACCCUGCUGUAUAUUCCAGAGUAGCAUCACCAGAGAUGAUAACAAAAGAACCCACUCCACCCAAGACUGUUACAUAUUCUUCAGCCCAAGAAGGGCUUUCAGCAGGAGCAGACCUACAGGAUAUCACCUCUGAAGAGGUCUUUGAGGCACGCUUUAAAAAACGUGAAUCUUCUCUCACCAGAAGUCUGAAGUUUCUGUCACGCUCAAAGCAAGAUGAUGGAUUACAAGCUGCUGCAGAUUCUACAGAGAAAAGUGAAGAGAUAUACAGACCUGGGCCAACGGGUGCACCUUUAGAAUUAAAACCAAGAAGACUUGAGGAGAAGUCAAAGUCAGUCCAGGAUCUUCGUGAAGCUCAAAAGGACCAAGGCUUUAUGAGAAGGCUCUCAAUGCGCUUGAAGAGGACUCCAUCAACAGAGCGCAAAGAGGAAAUGAUGAAGGAAGAUGAUUCUGUUGCCUCGAGACGUAGGCUUUCUUGGACUCUGGGCCGAAGAGGGUCUCAGGAGAAGAAAGAAGUAGAGAUGUCAAGAAUGGAUGGGGGAACUGAUAGAUUGGUGGAAAAUGAUGAAAAAGAGAUUAAGAAACCAAAUGAAUCUCCAGUGUUGGCAAUGCGCAGGAAAAUUGAAUCAACAGUUGCUGGGAUCUCUACAAGAAUCCGCAGCUACUCAGAGGAGAGAAGAGCAUCAGAAGACAAGGAACCCAAGAGGACACCCAUUCUUUCCAUGCUUCGUCGUUCAACAUCAGAGAGCCGUGCAACGAAAGUUCCUCAGAACCAGCUAGCAUCUCAGGCCACUAAUGGUGCCUCAACCGAGUCUCUAGAGUCUAUGUCCAGCCUAAAAUCAGACACAGCGAAGGCAGGCUUGGAGGCUGAGCGCAGAUCCCGCUGGGAUCGAUGGGGCCUGACUAGAGGGAGGCGAGAUAAGACAGUAUCACAGCCUGACAUACCAACAGCAAUCUCUCGAGAUAGUAGUUCCUUACGUUCACGUCAAUACUCUAAACUGGCUUCUGAUUUCCCUCCAGUAUUCCAUAUCAAACUGAGAGAUCAUGUGCUGCUGGAGGGAGAUCCAGUGACACUCAGCUGUUUGCCAGCUGGAAGUCCCCACCCACACAUUACCUGGAUGAAAGACAAGAAGCCCCUAGAGAUUGAUGCCAGGAUGAAUAUGAUUGCUUGUCCUGAUGGGAGGCAGCUGCUGAUGAUAAUGCAGACCACCAAAAAGGACGCAGGGGUUUAUGAAUGUGUGGCUACGAACCCGCUGGCCUCAGUAUCAAGCUCUUGCACAAUAUCUCUUGCACGCCUGCCCAACCGUCCUGGGACUCCAGAGAUUCCUCAGAAGUACAACAACACUGCACUGGUUCUGUGGAGGCCUUCAGACACAAUGGCUCCCUGCACAUACUCUCUGGAGAGGCGAGCAGAGGGUGAGAACAACUGGCUGAUUGUGGCCACUGGGAUAGCAGACUGUUAUUACAAUGUGACUGACUUACCAGCAGGGGGCUCCUUCAGAUUCAGGGUGGCAUGUGUCAACAAAGCUGGCCAGGGCCCCUACAGCAACCUCUCAAAGGUCUUGAGCAUGGAUGCCUCAGAACCAGCUAAAUCCAGUGCCACAGUAGUGGUGAAGACUGUUCCUGCAAUUUCUCCUCCUCCCCCUGCUGUAAUGAUGUCAUCCAUGAAAGUGCCUCCCAUGAAACUAGCUCCCAGUAAAUCCACAACAGUGACGAAUGCUCAACUUGCCCCUCCAUCAACAUCAGCUCCUGCUCCACCUUUGGUUAAAUCUGCCUCUCCAGUAACCAUCAGUCCUGCUGUUAGUACUGCCCCGGCAGAGCCGGCUCCUGUUAAGACCACAACAACUGCCCAAGCCACACCAGCCAAAGCCAAGAGCUCUAUUAGCAUCAGUGUGAGCAAACCCCAGACAAAGCUGACACCCCCGCCUGUUGUUCCACCCAAACCUCAGAGUCCAGUACAUACUGUCCCCCAGUUGAUCAACAAACCUCCAUCCCCUGUUCCACCACCGGCACCUAUAAUAGGGAAACCUAUUUCAUCUGUGCCAAUGUAUGUGCCAGCUGCCACUGCUCGUGCUACUCCACCUUCCCAAACUACUUCCACCCCAACAACUACCACCCCUUCAGUCACUCCCACAACCAUCUCCCCACCUGUGGUGGUGGUGCAGAGCUUGACACCAGUGUUGCAAGGAGGGGACACUCACACUAUCCCAUCUGGCCGGAUCACUCCAUCAGGACGGAUCACGCCAUCAGGACGUAGGACCCCACUGGGGAAGCCUGGAGAGGGAUCUCUGCGUCAGGGAGUUCCACAGAAACCGUAUACAUUCAUGGAUGAGAAAGCAAGAGGUCGGUUUGGUGUGAUCCGUGAAUGUCGGGAGAACGCCACAGGCAACCUUUUCAUGGCUAAGAUUGUUCCAUAUGAGGCAGACAACAAGCAGGCAGUGCUGCAGGAAUAUGACAUUCUCAAGUCGCUUCAUCACGAAAGGAUCAUGGCUCUACACGAAGCCUAUGUCACGCCACGCUACCUGGUGCUUAUCUCUGAGUACUGCAGUGGGAAGGAGCUGCUCUACAGCCUUAUUGAUAGAUUCCGUUACUCGGAGGACGAUGUGGUAACCUACGUCGUGCAGAUCCUCCAAGGUUUGGACUACCUCCACGCUCGACGCAUCCUCCACCUGGACAUCAAGCCGGACAAUAUCAUUGUCACCUAUAUGAAUGUCAUCAAGAUCAUUGACUUUGGCAGUGCUCAGACAUACAACCCUCUGUUCCUGAAGCAAUUCAGUCCUCCUGUUGGAACACUGGAGUACAUGUCUCCAGAGAUGUUGAAAGGGGAUGUUGUGGGCCCACCAGCUGACAUCUGGAGUGUAGGCGUGCUUACUUUCAUCAUGUUGAGCGGCAGGUCGGCUUUCAUGGAUAAUGAUCCUCAGGAGACUGAAGCCAGAAUCCAGGCAGCAAAGUUUGACCUCUCUAAACUUUACCAGAAUGUGUCCCAAAGUGCCUCUCUGUUUCUUAAAAAGAUCCUCUGUAGCUACCCAUGGGCCCGUCCAUCCAUCAAGGACUGCUUCAGCAACUCCUGGCUUCAAGAUGCCUACUUGAUGCGCCUUCGUAGGCAAACUCUUACCUUUACAACCACCCGUCUCAAGGAAUUCUUGGCUGACCAGCAGCGCAGGCGAGCGGAGGUGGCAACCAAGCACAAAGUUCUCCUGCGGUCUUACCAGAGCUCGCCACAAACCCCCACUAGCCCUGCCACACCGAAUGUGCCAGUAUCACCCACUGCACCUGUCACCGAGUGAAAAGAACUCCCACACCAUUGUGGCAGGACUUCGUGGUGGGAAUGGGGGGCAAACAUCCUCCAAGCGAGAUAAAACUUGAGGCUACAGUGAGGUGGUCCCUCCAGGUCUGACUUGAACUUGAUCAGAAGAAGAAAAACCCACAAAACCAGCAAUGGCUGUGAUCUACAGAAACAUAAUUUCUAUUUCUAAUCUGGUUCUAAAAGAGAAUCUAAUGCAUUAAGGAACUCUCUGAAAGAGCCUGACUGCAUUUUGUAUACCGUGAACCUUGUUCAUACAGGGCAGGCUGUUCUUUUCAAGCUAGUACCUCAAGGUUUGUAACUUUGCAAACAUUUUUGAAUUAAUUCCUUUCUUACUGUUGGCUGAACAUUGUAAAGAGAGGAAAAACAAAUACAGUGUGGUCACCGGCCAUAAUUUAGUAGAAAACCUCAUUUAAUUCCUCAGCAAAAAGCUCUUAGCACAACUUUAAAAUAAGGGAUAAUCUACACAAUUAAAAGUACAUAUUGAAACAACUGACACCUUUGUCACUGGAGCACAUCUAAAAUAGUAGUCUAUAGUUGAUAUUCUAAUGUUUCCUGACCAGAAUUUUUAAUGCAUUAUCAUCCCAUGGCAUCAGAUAAUGCUGUUUUUGUCAGAUGCUGCCAGAAUCUUCUCUCUGUUGCACAGAGGCAGGGAUGGUAUUGGCCACAGAGAGGUAGCAGUUGUGUUUCAGAGAUAUUAGAUAUUAGGAUGGAGGUGUAGCAGUGGUAGGAGACCCAGGUUCACGUCAGAUUGAAACUUUUGUGUUUACUACACGUUUUGGGGGUUUUUUGUUGUUUUUUUUUCAUUUGCUGAUUUGUUUUGGGUGUGGUGGUGGAGUGGGUAGCACUGUCCCCUCACAGCAAGAACAUUCAAACUUCCUUGUCUUUGACUUUCUCUGUGGAAUUCCCAUCUUCGCCAUGUUCCUGCAUGGGUUGACUUGGCUAUUUUAAGUGUGUUACAGUAGUAGAUGUGAGAGUGUGUGCCACAAACCCACGUUGGAUAAACACUAAAAAAGAGGGAUGGCUGAAUUUUCUGGUUAAGUUUAGUUUAGGAGUAAGAAAAAUGACUGGCAAGGUGGAGCUGUGGUUAGCAUGGUUGUUCACAGCAACAAGGUUCUGAGUCUGAAUCUGCCAUCAUUCUAUGUGGACUUUGUGUGUUCUGCCUGAGCCUGUUUGGGGUUUCUCUGGGUACCCCUGCAGAUGUUUCUUCCCACAGGCCAAAAUAAGUAGUUAAGAAAAUGGAUGGGUGAUGGGUAAAAUAUACAUAACAUUUACCCUGGAUGUCAAAAAAUGAGUUCGGAGUGUCAGUCCUGUCUCAUAAAGGCCACAGUCCAGAGUAUCAGGGCACAGAUGAUGAACAAUGCCUUGUGUGUGACCCAGCGAUGUCUGCAGCUUUGACAAAACAGCAUUAAUGAAAGCCAAGGUAAGGAGAGAGGGUUGUAAAUGCACUGAAUUAUGUCUAAUUCUGUGUCCUUGAUUUAAACAAAAGUCACUCUCCAAACCCACAAACGAGUUUAGGGAAUUGUAGUGGUAUGAUUGUGCUGUUGGCACUUCAGUGAUUUUAAAGACUGUAGCAGUUCCAGAAAGUUUUUGUUUGUUUGUUUGUUUUUAAAAAUAUGUACUGAGUUAAGAGGAAACUCUGGUGGCUUCUCUACAAGGGCUAUUAGAAUAGGACACUUGUCUGCAUUUUUCCCCUUUCCUUGUGUUCUUAGACAGCACGGUAAUGAUGAUCUCAUUCUCAAAAGCAGAAUUUACUUUUUAAAUUUCUUAUCCCGUUGUCAUCUUUGAGCUUCCAUAUGAAACUGUUUUCCUCCCAGUGAUAAUGUGGACAGUUUUGCAGGGCAAAUAGGCAUUAGUUUCUUCACCACAGAUAAGCUGUCAUUGGCUUAAAGUAAACUCUUUUACUCAAACCGCAACGAGAUACCUAAGCCACAAAGAGAUACUCAUAUCUGAGUUUUACAAAACAACUUUCGACAUGUGUAAUGAAGUUUUACUAACAUCAAAAACACUUAAUCACAUCUGAAAAAAUUCAGGGGAUGAAAGGGAAACUGAAGCAUUUUAGGAACCCACCGGGGUAUCACGGUCCCCCAAAGUGCCCUUGAAGAGCAUUAAUCAGCAAAAAAUAAAAAUUAAAUAAUAGACGUUACUGAGUGUAUUAGUCCUUAUUUUAGUGUUUUUAAUUACCAACAGCUACUGCUUUGAGAAAGCAGCUUGCUUCAUUGUUUUUAAAGAAUGUAGGCUUAACUGGCAAAACCUUUUUUUUAAUAUAUAAAAAGACAUAAAAUCGUUAUAAUUAGCAUUAAGCUGACCCUAAAUUAUGUAUAGCCUCAAUUAUAUGUUUCCAUGCUAUACAAGCAUACAAGACACCAUAAGCACUAAUAGCAUAAAUUCAUCAUAUGAGCCCCUGAAGACCAUAAUAAACAUCGGAUCACAAGAAGUAAAACCUUUGGAAAAUCUAGUGGUUCUCAAGAUGUGGGGCAGGCCCCAAUUAUGGGGCUUAGAGCCACUGCAGGUGGCUUUAUACAAUAUGGAGUGAAACUAAGUUGAAUCAAUAUUAUUUAUGAAAAAAAAUGAAAGAGUUUGCAGAUACAACUGUGCAUCUACUCUACUCACUCAUUUAUUUCAUUGAAGUUGAAAUAAUUGAAAUGUAAACUUUCUCAAGUGGGGCAUGCCAGAAAAAGUUGUCUAUAAAAGAUAUAUUUAAGUAUGGAUAUCCAUAAAUAUGCAGAUCUAAAUAUAUGUUUUAAAUAUAAUAUACACAGUAAAUUAUGAAAACCAGGCUCUGUAACUGCUUUAUUUUCAGAGAAAAAAAUAUAAUAAUAUUCCAAACAUUUGUUUGGAAUCUGUCCUCUUAGAGUCAGCACAUUGGCUCUAGCACUAAACUGAACACAGAUUCUAUCAUUUUAUGGCACAUCAAAGGCUAAUUUGCUUUUUUAUAAUAUAUGCUUUCCCCUUUGGGGGUAAACUAAGUUUUCAGACCAGAACAUUUGAUUUUUGAUGCUGUUGCUUUCAUACGUACUGAUAUCAAGCACAGAUUUGCUCACUUAACUCAAAGUGUAACACUUAUGAGAGUUUAGAUCCAUUUGUGGACAGUUUUUCGGGUGUUUAAAAGCUGCUUCAUACAUAAAAUCAUGAGUUGUUUUACUGUGUAUUAACUGACAAGUAGUUGGUAAUUCUAUGAAAUUAUUUCACUAUUGCUUUAUUGUCUAAUGCUAUUGCUAGAUAAAUACUGCCCUUCUGCAGCUCUUGUCUUCUUUGGCUCCUUUUCCUAUGCAGAGUAUAAUCACUAAGGAAAUUGUUUCAAACCUGAAUGAAAACAUGCAAGUCCUGCAUGAAAUGCAACGUUGCAUUAAAUCCUAAAUGUCUGUGCAAUUUAUAAUAACUUUAUUUGUUCAUCUUUUAAAUGAAAUGACAGCUGUUUGUAAGCAGACGACACAAGAGCGCUCUACAUUUUGUAUUAAAAUUUUGUGGAAUGUGUUGCAGUGCCUCGUGACAGAUAUUAGACUCACAGAGAUUGUAGUUUGUCAAAAAGAAUGACUAUUUCUUUAUUUUGAUAAUAUGACUGUGGCCGCUUUGUGUGCGUGUGUCUUUUGCAAAUUGUUUAUUUAUUGAGUGACUGUAUUUGUUACGGCUUCUGCUUUUUAUCUGUGAAACAUUUGAAUCUGGCAUGGAAAUGGCAUGACAGUUGUUAAGAUUAAGAACAAUAAAGGAAAUGUGACAAAUAUAA